AUGGCCACCGCGCUCACUGCAGCAUCACACGCAUCCGCCCAGGCCUACUACUCUCAAUUCUGCCCCGAGGCUGAUAUUUGCUACCGCCUCAACAUCCCCACUGAAACAGCCUUCACGGGCAAAGGCGACAUCUACAUCCAGAUUAGCAGCCUCGUCACCUACGAAUGGGUCGCCCUCGGCCUGGGCCACCAGAUGGCUGGCUCCAAGGUCUUCAUCAUGUACGCCGACGGCAUGGGCAACGUUACGGUAUCUCCUCGCCUAGGUAGAGGGCACUAUGAGCCUCGAUACGACUCCGGCGCGGAUUUCGAAGUUCUGGACGGCACGGGCGUGGAUGGGUACAGGAUGACCGCCAACAUCCGGUGUGGAGACUGCACCUCGUGGGUAGGCGGCGGGAUGAAUUUCAUGGAGACCUCUGGACUCUGGGUUUAUGCUGCGCGUCCGGGCUUGCCUCUCGAUUCGUCUGAUCCCAACGAGAACUUGAAGGAGCAUCGUCAACACGGCGUCUUUGACUUCUCGUAUCUGCCCGCGAAAGGUGGACAAAAUUUGAAUCCGUUCUUGCUCGCUCCUCCAGCGGAUGUCCCUCUCGGCAUCCAGCGCGGGCUGCCGUCUGUUCCUCUUCACUGGAAUCCGAGCGACGCUUUCCCCGUCGCUCACGGCACCAUCGCCUCAUUCGCGAUCCUCGUCCUCUUCCCACUCGGCGCGAUCCUGAUACGCGUGACCUCCGAGCGUCGACUGGUAUGGGUGCAUGCCGGUAUCCAAAUUCUAGCGUACGUCAUGCUGUUCGUCGCAAUGGGCAUGGGCAUCCGCAUUGCCUCCUCCGGACAAUUGUUCCACAACUACCAUCCAUUUAUCGGAAUCUUUAUGGUCGUGGUAAUCUUCUUCCAGGUCUGUGAUGGACUGCUGCAUCACUCACAGUGGCUGCAGAAUAAGAAAAGACGCACUCGGCUUGCUUAUGUGCACAUCUGGAUGGGGAGAGCGCUCAUUGUGAUCGGCAUGAUCAACGGGGGAUUUGGAUUGCAGCUUGCCGGGGUGGCGAGUCCGGCGAAGAAGGCCGGGUAUGGUGUUGUCGCUGGAGCAUCGUUUGUGAGCAUGGUCGUGGCGAUAUGUUAUGGGGAGAGAAAGAGAGCUCUGGCGCUGAAGGCGAAGAGGGAGGAGAAGGAGAAUAGGGAGAUGAGGUUGCAGACGUCCAGGUUCGAGUAG